CCUGCUGGGAGUUUUCCACCACACAGACUUGCGGAAGAGUCUGACCGUGGACGAGGGCACCAUGAAGGUGGAGGUGCUGCCUGCCCUGACUGACAACUACAUGUACCUGGUCAUUGACGACGAGACCAAGGAGGCUGCCAUCGUGGACCCGGUGCAGCCCCAGAAGGUCGUGGAGGAGGCAAAAAAGCACGGGGUGAAGCUGACCACGGUGCUCACCACCCAUCACCACUGGGACCACGCUGGCGGGAAUGAGAAAUUGGUGAAGCUGGAACCGGGGCUGAAGGUGUACGGCGGUGACGACCGUAUCGGGGCCCUCACUCACAAGGUCACUCACCUGUCGACACUGCAGGUGGGCUCUCUCAACGUCAAAUGCCUGUCGACACCGUGCCAUACUUCAGGACACAUCUGUUACUUUGUGACCAAGCCCGGUGGCUCGCAGCCCCCAGCCGUGUUCACAGGUGACACCUUGUUUGUGGCUGGCUGUGGGAAGUUCUAUGAAGGGACUGCAGAUGAGAUGUGCAAAGCUCUGCUGGAGGUUCUGGGCCGGCUCCCCCCGGACACAAGAGUCUACUGUGGCCAUGAGUAUACCAUCAACAACCUCAAGUUCGCACGCCACGUGGAGCCUGGCAACGCCGCCGUCCAGGAGAAGCUGGCCUGGGCCAAGGAGAAGUACAGCAUCGGGGAACCGGUGCCAUCCACCCUGGCAGAGGAGUUCACCUACAACCCCUUCAUGAGAGUGAGGGAGAAGACAGUGCAGCAGCACGCGGGCGAGACCGACCCCGUGCCCACCAUGCGGGCCGUGCGCAGGGAGAAGGACCAGUUCAAGGUGCCCCGGGACUGAGGCACCCUGCGCCUUCCGAGCAUUGGGGGACUAGGCUCUCUUAGGUAACUGGCUUUCCUGCUGCUGAUGCAGGAAAUUGGUCUUGAUUUAACCCUAUUUCACAGCUCUUGGCUUGUGUUAUCGAAUGUUCUAAUGCAUAUUUAUAAGAACUU